AUGCAGACAAUCAGCGGCGACGCGGGCUGUUAUGGCUUUGGUCAAGUUGCGUGUAGAGAUGCCAGCGGUGCGUGCAGCGUGAGACUCUCCUUUGUGUGGAACGGAACCCCAUGCGGUACUGGACAGAUGUGCUUUAAAGGACGAUGCGUUCCUAACUUUGAAAUCUGUACCUCUGUAACAACCGCUGCCCCAACAACCGCUGCUCCAACAACUGCUGCCCCUACAACUGCUGCUCCAACAACCGCUGCCCCAACAACCGCUGCUCCAACAACUGCUGCCCCUACAACUGCUGCUCCAACAACCGCUGCUCCAACAACUGCUGCCCCUACAACUGAUGCACCUACAACUGAUGCACCUACAACUGCUGCACCAACAACUGCUGCUCCAACAACUGCUGCUCCAACAACUGCUGCACCUACAACUGCUGCGCCAACAACUGCUGCACCUACAACUGCUGCACCAACAACUGAUGCACCUACAACCGAUGCUCCAACAACUGAUUUUCCAUGUAGCUGCUGUCGUCGCAGGAACAGAUAUUCGUUAAGUUGCUGCAUUCGAAAUCGCGUUUUUCGCCGCCGGAACUGCAGAUGCUGUCCAUUCACCUAUCGUUUUGGAGAACGACCAUCUUCUGAGUUUGGAGAGAAUUCAAACAGUCUGGAUGAUGAUGAUGAUCAAAGCUACAACUAAGAGAGCGAAGCAUACCCUCUAGAAAUUGACGACAAUACGUGAACGUUUAAUUACUACUUAAAGGGACUUUUCUCUCUGAAUCUUUCGUGCGUUUGAGUUUUACAUUAAAUAUUUUAAAUUGAUAUAUGCAAACAUCGGAACUUAAUAGCUACAAUAUACAAUAAUAUUAAGAUACAAAGAAAGAAGUAUUAAUGUAAUCAACAAUUUGGCUCGAACCACUGACCAGUGUAGUAAGAGUCUAGCGCUUAACCCAUUAAUGCAUUUCGUCUAGAGAAAAGGCCUUGGCAAACAGAGUAGACUCAGAUGAGACGCCGCAUGAUGCAGCGUGUCAUCAGGGUCUGCGCUGUUUGCUCAAAGGAAUUUCUGUAAGAAAUAUUCUAAAUUUAGAAAUAAAUAUAAUAGACAUCCCUAAUUUUGGAAAUAAAUUGAUCCAAUUUAGAAGGAUCUGAGAGUCCAAGAGGUAUAAAUGGGUUAAACCACCUUUUCACCCGUUCUCACAUAGUAUAGGGUGUUUUGUAUACUUUAUUUUAGUAACCCUCGUAAUAUCACGAUAACAACAGCAUUCUCCAAAUUAUGCAAUGGUUUUGCGUUUGUAACGCUUUAUUAGUAUAAGAUUUUUAAAUCGGCAACAUAUGUAUUAAUGGGUGUUUUAUAGGAUGGUACUAAUAGUGAUUUACAAAUUUUAAUGUUUAGUGUUACUGUUUACGCACAAACAUCAUAACUACAACGAAACAAUGCGAAUCUGAUUUUUUCCAUUUUAUUAAAACGUGGAGAGGUUCCUCUAAGUAAAUUUAAACAUA